UUUGAAUGCAUCCAGCUGCCCAGUGUGGAUUACUGGGACUCCUGGGGUCCUUACGGCGAGUGCAGUCGGAGCUGCGGCGGCGGCGUUACCAUGAGAACAAGACGCUGCAUCACCCAGAGGACAGACGGUGGACACAACUGUGUGGGACCAGACAAGUCUUAUCGCAUCUGCAACAUCCAGGUGAACAAAGAAAUUGGUGUUUUUUCCCUUUUUCAGCACCUGGGCUGCGACAACAUGCUAGAGUCUUCCCAGCAGGAAGACCCCUGCCUGCAGUGUGGGGGCAGCGGCCAGUCCUGCCACCUGGUCAAAAACACCUUCACCGCUCGCGACCUGCCAGCUGGCUACAACCAGAUGUUCAUCAUCCCUGUCGGAGCCACAACCAUCAGCAUCAGAGAGACGACGGCCUCGCGGAACUACCUUGCCAUCAAGAACCUGCGUGGCGAGUACUACCUCAAUGGCCACUGGGUAAUUGAAUUUUCCAGGGCGACGCCCAUUGCCGGGACCAUGCUCUACUACCAACGAGGCGCUGAGGGCGAAAACGUUCCCGAAACUGUCAUCGGUCGCGGUCCUACCACUGAACCACUUGUUGUUGAGCUGAUCAGCCAAGAGCCGAACCACGGCAUCGAGUACGAGUAUUACCUUCCAAACGGCCGUUCCAGGCAGGGCUACUACUGGAGCUUUGGAUCUUGGUCUUCUUGCAGCAAAGAGUGUGGAUCAGGCUAUCAGUCCCGCWUGGUCUUYUGCUCGAUUGACAACGAAGCCUAUCCCGACUACCUCUGUGCUUCUCUGCCAAGGCCACAGUCCAACCGCACCUGCAACCCCCAUCCAUGCCCACAGACCCAAAGGAUGGCAUACCUGUAUCCACCACAGUUGUGGAGAACCUCCAUCAGACCCAGGGUGCUCAGCUGGAGAACUGGGGAGUGGAACGCCUGCUCUGUGACCUGCGGUGGGGGCUCUCAGCUGCGCUCCGUGCAGUGCAUACUGCACGAUGCGUCCGGCCCUCGGGUGGUGGAGGACGCCUUUUGUGCUGCCUACGCAGACGCUCCUCUCUCUCUGCGGACCUGCAACAUGCACAAAUGCGCAGAGUACCGCGUGACCGGAUGGAGCUCAUGCUCAGUGAGCUGUGGAUCAGGCGAACAGACUAGAGAGGUCACCUGUGUGGGAUCARGUGGCACCAUGUUAGAAGAAGCUUCCUGCAGGACGUUGCUCCGCCCACCUUCCGUCCAGCCGUGUGAAAUGCCCGUUUGUCCCAGACAGAUCCACUGGCAUGUGGGAGCAUGGGGGCUGAACGCUGUAGAGUGCCGCAUCACCACUUAUGGAUGCUGCUAUGAUCGCAAGACACCAGCAGGGGGCCCUAACGGCGAGGGCUGCCCUAACCCACCCAACCACAUCGAGCGGUCCAUCUGCUCCCUGCCUCGUGCCGCCGGCUCCUGCAGCAGCUGGGUGGCACGGUACCACUUUGACGUCGUCACCUCCAAGUGCGCCCACUUCUGGUACGGCGGUUGCCACGGCAACAGCAACAACUUCAUGAGCCGGGCAGAGUGCCAGCGGGCGUGUCAGGUGCCGGCGCCCARCCAGCAGCAGCCUCAGCCGGUCGCGCCUGUCGGACCCUUGACCCCCUCGAGGGAAUCUGCUCUCGAAAGAACCGCGCCCAGAGGGUCGCCCGACACCCAAUCACCUGACGUGGGCCGCACUUUCACAGCGCAGGGCGGCUCGCCCAGCGACUCCGGCAGACACGGCACCAGUGCAGCCAGACACGCUCACAGAGCUCGGGUGUAUCUGAGGACGCGCCGACCUUCGRCUGGAGCGCGAGCUCAGAUGACCGGGCCAGCUGCCAGUUUGACCCUGGCAGGUGUUAGCAUUGAUAAGAGCGACCCAGACAAAGUGGAGGCCUUAGUCGGCCAGACGGUGGUGCUGCCCUGCAGAGUCAGCCCUCCGCCGUCAUCGACCAUCAUCGUGGAGUGGAGGAGAGACGGGAUCCCUCUGUCGGCUCAAAGACAUCACCAGCAGCCCAAUGGCUCAGUGUUGGUCGGUCCUCUUAUGACGUCAGACUCUGGCUGGUUCUUGUGCUUUGUCACUCGAGAACGGGAGAGAGACCACCGCUACAUUUACCUGUCUGUCUCAGAUGCUCCAUCUCAGCCUUUCCCAACGUUGCUGCCUAAAGAUGGCCCAAUCCCCAGGUUCAGCAUCGAUCAGUCAAGCCCAUUGACAGUAGAAAUGCGAACAGGUCAAGCUGUGAGACUCCCCUGCACCAUCGUCCCAGCUGCAGCUCUGCAGUCUGUCAGUAUUCAGUGGACCAAAGAUGGAAAAACCCUCAGUGACUCCAGGAUUACCCAGCACACUGAAGGCACGUUGGUGAUCAGCCCUCUGAGGUCUGACGACUCCGGGGUUUACACAUGUACGGCUGCCAGCCAGCAGCAGCUGGAGCAGAGGCAGCUGCAGCUCAGGGUCCAGGCUGACUUGAAGAUUACCACAGCUCCCAACAACAUCCAGGUGACUGAAGGCAGCACAGCUGUGCUGCCCUGCGUCGUGUCCGGAGACAACGUCAACAUCGGCUGGUCCAGGUAAAAGUUGCCAUUGUUCUACUGA